GAUAUUGUCAUGAAUGCCCAUACAUAUGUAUGUAUAUACUUACCCGCACCUAUGAAUCAAGCCUGUUACAUGAUGAACGAUGUCACAUGCUAAAGUUUCACUAGUGCUUGCACGAACCACGUUCCAUUACUUGAACGCGGCUGCCUUGAGGCUUGUGGUCAAGGGUAUUCGGGUGCUUGUUAUUUAGACUCUGGUCCUACCGAAUACUCUUCCCGACCUCUAAUUUUUGCAGUCAUUUUCCUCAAGCUGAUCCAAAUUUUCGACUGUUCCCAAUGAGCGAAGACAACAGGCAGGAACCUCGUCCGGAGGCUUCUGAAUCCAGAGAAGCAACUGCUGGCGAGAGCUCCAGCCAGCCCCGCACCGGAUUCCGUCAGGCCCUGCGGAAAUUUAAGAAGAAUGUGACUAAAAAAGUUUCUAAACACUCUAACCGUUUUCGCCAUCAAAUCCCCGCCGUCCAGAAUGAAGAUGCUUUAUUGAAUCAGAAUAUUGAGCAUGCACCGCGUCUGCAUCCUUCCGAUAGCAACAAGCCCGCCACAUCUGAGAAUCUCACUGGCUGUGGAAAUCAAGCAGCAUCCGGAGAACCUGCUUCGAAGGUGCUGGACGCCCCUCCUGGCGUGGAAGAGAUUCCUGAUCCCCAAUCAGUCGAUGCUGAACUUCAGGGUGCCCGUGAGGCUACAGAAGGCAUGACACUACUCGGAGGACGUGUCACUUCUGUGGUAUCCAAAGUCAAGGAUGGCCCAAAAGAUCUCGCUGCCGCAGACGAUAUCCCGACCACAUAUCUUCAACAACUCAAAAUAUUUGACACUGUCAUCGAGAAUCUUACGAACGUACAUCCUUAUGCAAAGAUGGUGCUGGGCAUACUGUCUGCUGCAUCCAAAAUUAUUCUUGCUCAAACAGAACGCGACAAAUCGGUGCAAUCUCUUCUCGAGAAAUUGGAACAAGUUUACCGCUUCAUGUCACAAGAGGACACUCUCAGCCAGAUUUCAUCGAAGCGCAGCAUCGCUGGACGGAUCGCGCAGCAGACUCUAGAGUGCGCGUGUUUCAUCAGGGAUUAUUCGGAGAAAAAGAGCUUUUGGAAGAGACUCGAGAAAAAUGUUAUGUCAGAGACGGAUGAUCUGAUUUCACGGUACAAUAAGGCUUUGGAAGAGUUCAUGCAACAAUUUCGGGACCAAGCUCUUCGGGACAUAGCCGAUCUUGUCCGGUGUACGAGUGACGAACUGGGGGACAAACUGGAUCUCAGCGGGAUGCCUUACGCAGCAGGCGCGGGGCUGAAUACCACGAAACUAUGCCUACCAGAGACGCGCACGCACAUUCUAUCCCGGAUCACUGAAUGGAUCAACGACAGCGGAGAUACUGCUCAGCAGGUGCUGUGGCUAUCUGGCCCUGCGGGCACAGGAAAAUCAGCCAUCGCUCACACGAUAGCCAACUGGUUCAACGACUUGGGAGAGCUCGGUUCGUGUUUCUGCUUCGACCGGAACCAAACGGACAAACGUCAUGAAAAAGUGUUCUCCACCAUCGCUCGCGACCUCGCUGAUCGUGAUCCGGAGAUGAGACGAACAUUGGCGAAUGCAGUCGAACAUGCAAACUCGCUCAAGAACACGACAGAUAUCGUCCAGCAGUGGCGCAAGCUGUUGAUAGAACCACUAAAGAAGUCUUCUGGGUCAAGCGUGUGGCCUGUCUUGAUCGUGAUCGAAGCGCUGGACGAGAGCGGGGAAAUCGAGACACGGCGCGACCUUCUCCGCAUACUUGCGGGCGCACUGGAGGGCGAAGGUCUUCCCCAAAUCACCGAACUCCCAUCCAACUUUCGGAUUCUCGUCACCUCUCGCGCGCUUCCUGAUAUCAUUUCUGAAUUUCAGGAUGCUCCACACAUUCAACGGUUAUCCAUGGACGACAUUUCAAAAAAAGACUCGAAGAGAGACAUCCGUAGAUUUGUAUCCCACGAGCUGAAGAAGGUGUCCGGUCUUGGAGACAAACAGUUCGCGGUCCUCGCCAACAAAGCUGAUGGACUAUUUGAGUGGGCGCGUCUUGCAUGCAAAUACAUCAAACUACCCCCUCCUGGCAAAUCCACCGUUGAUUGCUUCAAUGCUGUCACAUCCCACGAUCAUGGAAAGCAGAAAAACCUGUUAUAUGGCAUAUAUAGCUUCAUUCUAGGAGAAAACAUGGGGAAGGACAGAUACACGGACACUGACGAUUAUCAGCAAGCGCUAGCAAAGUUUCAUUCUGUGAUGUCACAAAUACUUGGCUCAGCCGAACCGCUCCCUUUAGAUGCCCUGAAUGCCAUGCGGUGCCGUUUUCCAGACCAAAGCGAGCACUACAAAGUAGAAGACGUAGUAGCACAUAUGGGAUCCCUCCUAAGCGGCAUCACCAGCUCAUCCAGUCCCAUCCGACCCAUUCACGCAUCCUUCCGCGAAUUCCUGACAGACAAAUCAUCCAGUGGUGACUUUUUUGUGGAAAUAUCGAACGCGCAACGCGAUCUUGCUUUCGCAUCACUUCGAGUGAUGGAGCACGACCUUCGCUUCAAUAUGUGUGAGUUAAAGUCUUCAUACCUCCCCAAUAGCAUGGAUACCGGACUGCCGGAUAGAGUCGUGACACGGAUUCCCUCGCAUCUGUCAUAUUCCUGCCGAUUUUGGGCUACGCACGUCCGAGCAACGGACUUUGACGCGGAGAUCGCCAAGGAAAUAGGAUCAUUCUUCGAUAGCGAGCGACUGCUCUUCUGGAUUGAAGCACUCGGCCUUCUUAAUGGACUCGGCAGCGCGGUUGCUGUGCUUCCACUGAUUGCCCAGUGGCUGAAGGGCCAAUCCGGACAUGCAAGCGUCUUGUCCGCUGCAACGGACGUGCAGAGAUUCGUGCAGGUGUUUGGUGGGAUGAUUUUGCACAGCACGCCACAUCUGUAUGUAUCAGGGCUGCCAUUUUGCCCCAACAAGUCUACGAUAGCUAGAAAGUUUACUGGAAAGUUUCCGAACACCCUUCGUCUGAUGCAAGGUCGUCUUGUGAACUGGACGGCUAUUCAGACCGUGAUCCGUGGGCACACUUCUCAGGUUUUGUCAGUCUCGUUCUCGCCCGAUGGCACUCGCAUCGUGUCUGGUUCUUGGGAUUCCACUGUCCGGCUGUGGGAUGCCGCAACGGGGCUGCCAUUGGGUGAGCCCUUCCGAGGGCACACUCAAUCGGUUUUGUCAGUCUCGUUCUCGCCCGAUGGCACUCGCAUCGUGUCUGGUUCAAGCGAUUCCACUGUCCGGCUGUGGGAUGCCGCAACGGGGCUGCCAUUGGGUGAGCCCUUCCGAGGGCACACUCAAUCGGUUUGGUCAGUCUCGUUCUCGCCCGAUGGCACUCGCAUCGUGUCUGGUUCUUGGGAUUCCACUGUCCGGCUGUGGGAUGCCGCAACGGGGCUGCCAUUGGGUGAGCCCUUCCGAGGGCACACUCAAUCGGUUGAGUCAGUCUCGUUCUCGCCCGAUGGCACUCGCAUCGUGUCUGGUUCAAGCGAUUCCACUGUCCGGCUGUGGGAUGCCGCAACGGGGCUGCCAUUGGGUGAGCCCUUCCGAGGGCACACUCAAUCGGUUUGGUCAGUCUCGUUCUCGCCCGAUGGCACUCGCAUCGUGUCUGGUUCAAGGGAUUCCACUGUCCGGCUGUGGGAUGCCGCAACGGGGCUGCCAUUGGGUGAGCCCUUCCGAGGGCACACUCAAUCGGUUGAGUCAGUCUCGUUCUCGCCCGAUGGCACUCGCAUCGUGUCUGGUUCAAGCGAUUCCACUGUCCGGCUGUGGGAUGCCGCAACGGGGCUGCCAUUGGGUGAGCCCUUCCGAGGGCACACUCAAUUGGUUUGGUCAGUCUCGUUCUCGCCCGAUGGCACUCGCAUCGUGUCUGGUUCAAGCGAUUCCACUGUCCGGCUGUGGGAUGCCGCAACGGGGCUGCCAUUGGGUGAGCCCUUCCGAGGGCACACUCAAUCGGUUGAGUCAGUCUCGUUCUCGCCCGAUGGCACUCGCAUCGUGUCUGGUUCAAGGGAUUCCACUGUCCGGCUGUGGAAUGCAGCAACAGAACAGCAAUUUCAGGAGCACACUGAAAUCCACUCCGCUACAUCCCCUUUGGAUAGACGUCCCACCAUUUGCUUCGCAUCAAGCUUGGAACAUGCACUGCAAAACCCUGCUGAGCUACUUGAGGGCACUUCUCAUCUUGAUUCAAAUCCUAUCAUGCCAAAAGAUGGAUGGAUGAAAGGAACCCAUGGUCGGCUGCUUUUCUGGAUACCGCCCGCUUCCCGAGAACAACCAUUUUAUACUCCUAGGACUGUAUUCGUGAUGUCCGGUGGGCUAGAGAUUGAUUUGAGUCGCAUGGCUCAUGGAGCAGACUGGUCGAAUUGCCGAGAUGGCGCUACUUGCAGUUGAUUUAGUUGUAGUCAUACCAAGAGUACGGUUUUAUUCUAUGUCGAUCCUAUAUAUGCUAUCGAGCUUGAAUUUGGAGCGGUUC